AUGGCGCCAUCGACUUCCAGAACGCAGCUGAAUAGAUGCAAAGCGGAACCUGAAUCGCGUCCGUCGAAACCGCUUACGACGAGGAAAACCCGCAUUACGGCGCAGAACACCCAACUGGCCGAGGGCAAACGCGACAGCCCCUUGUGCAUCUUAACGGAACGUGGAAUGUCUACACGAACGAGGCUCGCCGCGAAAGCCCUUCAAUCAGCAAAGGCAGCCACGGGCUCGACCGCCGCGGUACCGGCAAUACAGCUCUUUGAGAACGCGGCUGCCUGGGAGACGUGGCUGGAGACCAACCACACCGACGCAACGGGGUUGUGGUUGAAAAUCAGCAAGAAGGGCAGCGGUAUCGCUUCCAUCACCUACGAUGAGGCGCUCGACGUAGCGCUUUGCUUCGGCUGGAUUGACGGGCAGAAAAAGAGCCACGAUGAGCACCACUUUCUCCAGCGAUUUACACCCCGGCGCAAGAACAGCAUGUGGUCCAAACGGAACGUCAACAAGGUGGCCGUGCUGAUCGCGGCCGGGAGAAUGCGGCAGGCGGGGCAGGCGGAGGUCGACGCGGCGAAGGCGGACGGCCGAUGGGAGAAAGCGUACUCAUCAUCGAGCACGAUGGAGGUUCCUGACGAUUUUCAGGCGGCGUUGGAUCGGAACAGGAAGGCCAAGACGUUCUUUGAGAGCCUGGGAAAGACGAAGCGGUAUUCCUUCUUGUGGCGCAUCGUGACGGCAAAACGGGAGGACACUCGCAGGCGAAACAUCGAAAAGUUCGUUGGAAUCCUUGCGGAAGGGAAGACGCUGUGA